AUGGAUAGAAACAUUCUUGAUGCUGCUAGUGGUGGAGCACUUGUCGAUAAAACUCCAACUUCUACCAAAGCCUUGAUUGAGAACAUUUCACUCAACUCCCAACAGUUCACAACCAGAAAUAAUUCUAUGGUCCAAACAAAAGGUGUGAAUGAGAUUCAGGUCUCCUCUUCCAACAAGGCUCUAGAAACUAGAAUUGAAGAGCUUACUUAUUUAGGGAAACAAAUGGCAGUGAGUAAAUCUCAAACAACAAAGUUGUGUGGUAUUUGUACUUCUACUGAACAUCCAAUCGACGUAUGCCGUAUUCUUCUAGAUGAGUCGGUCGCUGAGUUGCCUCAAGCAUAUGCAGCUAAUUUUUUCAACCAAAGCAACAAUAAAAAAAGAUACAACAUUCCUGACUUGUCCACUAACAAAUACCAUCCCAAUUGGAGGAACCAUCCAAACGUUCGAUAUGGAAACCAACAACCCAUCCAACAACAGUUAGUCAUACCCCUGCCACAACCACAAACCAUUCCCCAAGUCUUCACCUUUGCACCUUUCGGACCUUCAUUAGAGGAUAUUGCCAAGCAAAUGGCUAUGAAUAAUCUCCAAUUUCAGCAACGAACAGAUUCCAAAACUGAACCCUCUGUUGUCGUAGAAACUGAAAAAGAAAAAGAGAAGGAGUAUGUGCCACCAGUUCCUUUUCCACAUAGAAUACUGAAAAAUAAAAGGACUGGUGACGAAGACAAAGAGAAAGAGAUUUUAGAUGUGUUCAAAAAAGUGGCGGUAAACAUUCUGCUUCUUGAUGUGAUUAAACAGGUUCCAAAAUAUGCAAAAUUUCUGAAAGACUUGUGCACAAGUGAAGUUGUCGAUGAAGUUUUUUAUUCAGUUGAAGCUCUCAGCAUCCUGGUUGCCCUAAACACCCCAUCCAUUGAGCAACCACCUUCCAUAGAGCUGAAAGAACUCCCUGGAAAUCUGAAAUAUGCUUAUUUAGAGAGUAAUAAAAAACUCCCGGUUAUAAUUUCUUCUAACCUUGAUUUCGAUCAAGAAAAUAAACUUUUGCAGGUUUUGAGGAAGCAUAAAAAGGCGAUUGGGUGGACAUUGGAUGACAUCCCAGGCAUCAGUCCUUCAAUGUGUAUGCACAGGAUUUUACUUGAAGAUGGUUGUAAAACAGUGAGGCAACCCCAAAGGAGGCUUAAUCCUUUGAUUCUUGAUGUUGUGAAGAAAGAGGUAACCAAACUCUUGCAAGCAGGUUACUUUCAUAUUCAUAUUGCACCAAAAGAUCAAGAAAAGACCACUUUUACGUGCUCAUUCGUGUUUAUGGAUGAUUUCACUGUUUAUGGUUAUUCAUUUUAUGCAUGUUUGAACAGUUUAAAUUUAGUUUUAGAGAGAUGCAUCAAAACUGACCUUGUUUUAAAUUAUGAAAAAUGUCAUUUUAUGGUCGAACAUGGAAUUGUCUUGGGUCACAUAAUUUAUGAAAAAGGAAUUUCAGUAGACCCUGCUAAGGUUGAUUUUAUUUCUACACUGCCUUACCCAUCUUGCAUUCGCGAGAUUCGUUCUUUUCUUGGUCAUGCAGGUUUUUACAAGCGCUUCAUAAAGGAUUUCAGCAAGAUUACUCUUCUGUUGUCAAACUUGUUGAAGAAUGAAGUCACUUUCAACUUCGAUGACAAUUGCAAAAAAGCAUUUGACUUCUUGAAGAAAGCAUUGACCUCCGCUCCCAUCAUCCAUCCCCCUGACUGGACCCUCCAUUUAGAGAUUAUGUGUGAUGCUUCUAACUACGCUAUUGGGGCGGUCCUUGCACAAAGAGUUGACAAAGCUGCCCAUGUUAUAUAUUAUGCUUCUAAGACUUUAGAUUUUGCACAGUCUAAUUACACCACCACUGAAAAGGAACUUCUAGCUAUUAAGCCAGAAGAAAAACCAAGAUUGAUUCGGUGGAUGUUGUUGCUCCAAGAGUUUAAUGUGGAGAUUAAAGAUAAAAGUGGAGCUGAGAACUUGGUGGCUGAUCAUUUGAGCAGGAUAGAGAGGGAUGAAGAUCCUUUUCCCAUUCAGGAUGACUUUCCUGAUGAGCAACUUUUACUUUUGCAUGGGGUUACUCCUUGGUUUGUUUAUAUUGUUAAUUAUCUUGUUGUUGGUGUUUUUCCUACAGGUGCAUCUAGGACACAAAUUCACAAACUCAAGAGUGAUGCCAAAUAUUAUGUUUGGGAUGAUCCAUAUCUUUGGAAGUCUAGUAGUGAUUAA